AGAAGAAGUACUAUUUAGGGCGCGAAUUUUUGUAUCUCUGUAGUUCUCCGAGUGCUGUGACCGUGUCUGUGUGUUUUUGUUCCUUUCAGCGAUGGCGGAAAACACCUUCCCCGUUCACAACGCGGAGACGCUAGUCAACUUCUACCGCAGCGAGGUUCUCGUGGGACAAGAGGCCAAACAUUUGUCCAAAAGCGACUUAACUCCGAUUCCCAAGCCAGAAGCUGUUCAGACUUUGUACAUGAGAGUUCUGCACCUCAUUUACCGCUUCAGGCCUGAAUGUCACGCUAUGAUUCCGAUGCUGGAGAACAUUCAGUACUCUGCCUAUCAUGAACGUGCUAUUGCUAUCAUGAGUGUGUACACGCGCAUGCGACAGUUCCUGCCUAUGUGCCAGGUGUAUGACUUUUCCCUGAAUGACCUGUUGGCUCCAAAAAAGCUGCGAACUCUGACCAUUCUGAGUGCCAUCAUGAACUUUCUUCACUUCAGGAAUCAGAGGAUGGAAAUAACCUUGGAGAAUCUGGCCAAAUUAAGAGCUGACAAGAACAGGCUGCAGGGUUACAUCAAAGCCAACCAGGAAUUGGAGAAGAAGAUUGAGACGCUGACGACCAUCCCACCAGAGCAGCAGGCUGAAGCAGACGAGCUGGCUGCUGCCUUCUCUGAGCUGCAGGCCGCCACCGUGUGUGAAUACCAGGAAGUGAAUGUCAUCAAUGACAGCAUUGCAGAGUGGAAAACUACCAUCGCAGAAAGGACGCAGAAGCUGGCCCAGGUGAAAGUGGACGUGAGCAACCUGAAGGAGGACAUAAGUAAACUGAAAUCUCAGAUCGUGGAGUCUCCAGAGGAGCUAAAGAGCCAGAUGGAGAAGAUGAGGGAGUUGGUCAGGAACACCAAGAGCUGCAUUGAGAAAAAAGAUGAGAGAGGGGUGGAGCUGCAGAACAUGGUGCAGGACAUGACUUACACUGAAGCUGAGAACCAGCGGAUCUACAGCUUCCUGCAGGAUCUGGAGAGAAGCAUGAGCAACAUCAAGCAGCAGCAGCAGGAGGUGGAACAGGCUCAGAAGAAGUAUGAGGAAAAGCAGAAGGAGAUCAAAAACCUCUGCAUGGAGGAGGGCCUGCUGAGGAGAGCCCUGGGCAUGAAGAUGGAUAAGAAGUGCAAACAGGACAUCCGCAGGCAGAAGAGGAAGGAGGUGAAGGAACAGCAUGUUCAAGGAGUGCUGGGGCACUGUAACCAAAUCCACGAGAAGCGUGAGGAGAUGGCGGACAAAAUCCAAGAGAUUUCUCAUGAGACGCUGCAGCUGAAGGCCAAAAUCCAGAGCCUGAGGGAAGUCUGCAGCAAGGAGACGAAGAAGGCUCAGGCGCUGUACGACACACUGUCUGCCUCCAUGGGUGAGCUGCACAAGAGUAUUGACCUCCACGUCGCAGAUCUUAAACUAAACGUGACCAAGAUGUCCGACGGCUUCUAAACUGAACGUUUCCUGACUUUAUUUUUGUCAUAUUUUGUGUUAAUGAUUAAAAACCAGAUUUUAGUGGACGUGUGUGUUUAUUAAACUUGACUUGUUCUUCACCAUGCAUGACUGAUGUAGCAUGAAUCUCUCCAGUCCAUGCUUCUGUCCCCACAGCCGUUACUUAAAAGCAUUUGGCAUCAAAGGAAUCCAGCUUCUCUGUCAACAAAACAUCAGCUUCUGCUAGUUCACGAUGCCGGUAACAGGUUGCACACACAUCUGUCUGUCUGUCUAUCUCUAAAGUUCCUGCCAGCUUCAUAGACAUGAAAUAUGUAGACACCCCAUAGGGAGUUUAAGCCACGCCCAUCUAUGGUCCACGAAAAGGAUUUUUGGAAUCAUAGGGUGUUAAAGGAAGGUCCCGUCUUUCUCGCCUCUGAUUGGCUGGAAGGGCUCUCCUAUGAUUGGCUUUUUAAUGCAAGAGGAAACCAUUUUCCUCCUGCAGGGUUUUAUGUUUACAGCUAGCUCUUGAUGAGUCUUUAAAGGAAAUGUGAACUCAUCACUAAUAAACAUCCUUUGCUGUUUUGCAACAAACCAGUUUUUUGUUGUUGUUUUUCAUAAAAGAACCUUAAAAAUGUUAAAUGUGAACUUGUAAUAAAUCUUGUUACAUUUUA